UGUGAUAGCGGCGACCGCUGUGGCUAGUGAAAGUUGUUUUGGUGCAUGGUGGAAGAAAAAAAGUCAUGUUUUGGUGUGCAUGUCAUGUGGCGAAACGAUUCCUAGUAUGAAUGUUUCUUUUUUUUUUUUUGCGCGUUGUGGAAACCUGCCAUUGACUCUACUGCCUGCUGGCUCAACGCUGCGUUCAGCUCGCACCGUGCCGCUCGUUUUCAAUUUGUUGCUGGAUCAUGUGGUGUGCCGUCACCGUGCAGUGCAGUGUCACGUACUCGCUGCGUGUGUGGAUGGCGUGUCGUGAUGGGUGUUGAAUUGUUGCAAGAUUUGCCGAAGCAGAGCCAGUAGUUCGUCCGACCUUUUCGCUGUUCUCCGUCUGUUCGCUCGUGUGUGCGCGCGCCGACGUCGCUCGCGUGUUUGUGUGUAUGCCAGUGAUGCCAGUGGGAACUCCAGAGGCUAUAAAUGUGUUUCAACGGAAAUUACUUGUGAAAAAAAAAAAAUGUGGGUGACCUACGACGUAAGGAAAGCAAGUGACGGCUUCGGUGAAGUGACGUAUGUUCCCAGUGUCGUGCGCUGCGCGGCAUGAGCGCACAAGUUCGCAAGCUCUGUUGUGAUGUUUCUGACAUCUUCCACAAGUAACGCUCGAUGCAUGCGUUUCCCGUGAUCGUUUGACACGAGCCUGCAAUGCAGAGUGGCUUACCGCUUAGAGUUAGCUGCCCGUGUCUGAAGAGAGCUGGUGACCGUGCGCGAGCGCCUGCUUUUUGCACCCGUUUGCGAGUCCUAAAAACGCACGUGUUCUGAUGUAAACAAUAACACGGUACAAAACAACUGGGCUGGCUGCACUUGCUUCUCUCGUGUUCACUCGUGGAAGAAGGCGCGGUGCUGAUUCAUGUCAUCUCCACAUGAGGGAGAUUGUUGGCGUUAUUGUGAUUGGGCCUGAAGCCAGCUGCACGGGACCAGCCAAUGGUUCACAGAAUUGAUCUUCAUUCACUGCCAGUGUACCUCCCGUCGACUGAUCUGGAGGAACAGGACACCCUGUCUUCUGUGCCUGUCAUCAACGCUGCGAGUGCGAGGCUUUCGGAAACAGCAGGUCCACCUGCAUUGACACAGAGGCCUCGGCUGUCCCUGGGAGCCGGUGUGGGGUCGCCACCGGGGGUCCUGCGGCACCAGUGUCGCUUCUGCCCAUACGCAACGCGGCACCGGGGCAGCCUGGUGCUGCACGAGCGGGUGCACACGGGCGAGCGGCCCUUUCGGUGCCACCUCUGCAGCCGUGGUUUCGCGCACCGUUCGCACGUGGUGCGCCACCUGCGCACGCACACCGGCGAGCGACCCUUCCGGUGCCCGCUCUGCCCGGCCGCCUUUUCGCAGCGCAGCAACGUAAAGGUGCACCUGCGCUCGCACGGCCUGGACGUUAGCAGCAAUCGUCAGACGCAGCCCGCCGACACCAACGGCACAACGCAGCAGGCACCCACGCUACACCUCUGACUGCAGGAAGCACUGACACCGCAGUCUCCAAUUGGGCAUCCAGGUCCAUUUUUGUUGGUCAUGUGCGAUUUGCAAAGCACGUGUUGCUGACUGCAGAAUACUGCUAAUGGAACAGCGCAAAGGGUCCUGCUAAACACAAUGGAGAGGAAACGAUGCUGCGAUUGUUCGGCUACCGUGGGAAUGAUGGACAGUAAAUUCGAGCUUCACUAUAACGUCGAUGGAUAUACUGAAGUAUCAUAUGUACCAAAUAAACAUGGAUAUAACAAA